AUGCGCGUCGCGGCGUUCUUCCCGCGGCUGCAAGCGACGCUCCAGGCGCUCUCGCCGACGCACCUCGCGUCACGCAAGCGAGCAAGCGUCGCUGCACUCUUCCGCCACGCGCCCGGGCCAAACCCGCGCCUCCAGCUCCUCUUCAUCCGGCGCUGCGUCAACCCGAGCGAUACGUGGAGCGGCCACAUUGCCUUUCCAGGUGGCCGAACGCAGCCGAGCGAAAUGGACCUCGACAGCGCAAGCCGCGAGACGCGCGAAGAGAUUGGCCUCGACCUCGACCGCGACGGCUUUCGCCUCGUGGGCCAGCUCCACGACCGGCCCGUGCACUAUGGCACGACCGUCGUCGCCUCCUUUGUGUUCCAGCACGACGGACGAACGCCGUUCAAGAUGACGCUCGAGCCAUCCGAAGUCGCCGACGCGGUCUGGGUCGACGUUGCGUACCUCGCUUCUGCGCCGAUCCAGUCGCUUGAGAUCCCCGUCGAGAUGAUCUUUCCAUGGCUCACGACCUAUCCGUCGCUUCUGGCCCGCCUCCAGGAGAGCACCUUUUUCAAGUCAAUUGGGUUCCCGUGCAUUUACCUGCCGCGGCCGACAGAGGAAGAUGAUGUCGUGGAUGCGACGACGCCGCGACAAGCCAACGACUUCGUGCUCUGGGGCCUCACGUACACGAUGGUGUCCGACCUCUUUGUCGCUGGCGGACUCGACGCGCUGCCAAUGACGUCGCGGUCGCUGCGCUACGCGCGAAGCUUCCUCUUCCAUUGGCGCCGCCGCCAGCAACGAUCGGUUGCGAAAUAGCACCGCUUGUCUCUGCACAUGAAUGACAAAGAAGCUGUCUUUGCUCGGA